AUGGAGGGGGUGGGAAAAGAAGAGGGCAAGGUCCGAGCUAGGAAGGCAGAAGGCAGCAUGAAUUUAGAUGGAGUGGCUGAGGUGACAUUAACAUCAGGUGGCCCCAAUCUUAGUAAAGAAGAUGAUGUCAUCCGCGGAGAGUGCAGAUACCUCAGUGGGGCUGAGGACUCAAGAGAAGCUCGGGAAAUUCUGGGGAAAUUGAUGGAUGGAAAUGAGUCAGGAGAAAGUGGUGUUUUGAUUACUCGUUUGCACGUUACUGAGCUCUGGAUUGGGGUUGAGUCCCUCCAGAGGCUCCCACGUCUACAUAGAUGCCAGCUUCUGGCCGAUCCCAGGCCUCUCAUACAGUUUGGUACCACUCACGCUCUGAAACAAGCAGCGAACGCAGCUGAACUGCUUUUACACUUCGCUAAAUUGAAGUUAACCUCAGUGGAGAAUAGCACAGAAGCAACAGAGUUCAUCCUCUUGAGAUUAACAGAUGACCCCAACCUCCAGGUUCCCCUCCUCCUGGUAUUUUUGUUCAUCUACCUCAUCACUUUGGUUGGGAAUUGGGGGGGGGUGAUGCUGGUCAUCUACUCAGACUCCCACCUCCACACUCCAAUGUACUUCUUCUUCAGCAACCUCUCCUUUGUCGAUCCGGGUUACUCAUCAGCCGUAGCUCCCAAGACAGUGGCUGCACUGCACUCAGGAAGCAAACUCAUCUCCCACAAUAGAUGUGCUGCUCAGUCCUUCUUCUUUGUGGGUUUUGCCACCGUCGAGUGCUACCUCCUGGCCUCCAUGGCCUGUGACCGCCAUGCAAUGCUGUGUAGGCCCCUUCAUUACAGCACCACCAUGACAGCAGGUGUGUGUGCGCUCCUGACGAUGGGCUCCUAUGUCUGUGGCUUCCUCAAUGCUUGCAUCCACACAGCAGACACCUUCAGACCCUCCUUCUGUGGUUCAAAUGAGAUGAAUCCCUUUUUCCGCGAAGUCCCUCCACUCCUGGCUCUCUCGUGCUCCAACACAUGCAUGAGCAAGCUGGUGGUCUUCUUUGUCGUGGGCUUCAAUGUCUUUUUCACCCUCCUGGUCAUCCUCAUCUCUUACUUCUUCGUAUAGGUUGCCGUUUGACGGAGGCAUUCUGCGGAAAGAAGGAGGAAAGCCUUCUCCACCUGUGCGUCCCAUCUCACGGCCAUCUCCAUUUUCUAUGGAACAAUCAUCUUCCUGUACUUACAGCCCAGCUCCACCCACUCCGUGGACAUGGACAAAAUAGCAUCUGUGUUUUACGCGGUGGUGAUUCCCAUGCUGAACCCCUUGAUCUACAGUCUUAGGAACAAAGAAGUGAAACAUGCUCUCUGGAAAAUACUCAACAAACUUAAUUCCCAGUCUUUAAGUGUGAGUAGGAAGUAG